AGAGGAGAGAGUGAGAACAGCAUUUUGAAACCCAGCUGAUCAGAGCAGUGGUAUUCUGCCACAGAGGCAGGGGGAGAGGGAGCGUGACUGGAAAAAAGAAUAGAGAAUAUAAAAGAAAGCAGCUGCAGUCUUUGUGAUUCUAAGACGGAGAAUUUACAAACAGAAGAGUGGAAAAGAAAUGUCUCUGUCCUUUCAUGGGAACCUGGGAAGUCGUGUGAAGAGAGAGGCUCUGUGGAAAGAUGUGAGAGCUGUUGGCAGGGUGGAAAUCUGAGGAAGAAACACACAGAAAAGGAUCAGCGAGGCUCUGGAAACCAGUCCAGUGAGUCUUUGAGUUGAAAGAAGCCUCGUGGAAAGAGGAGUGAUGUCUUGGCUGUCACCCGUGUCAUGGGCCAAAUGGACGUGGACGGCAGUGCGAGGGGGAGAGGAGGAUGAAGAGGGGCAGGAGGCCAAUGAGGAGAGGGAGCAACAUGGAGAGAGAGGAGAGGAGGAGGAGGAGGAGAGAUCUCAAGGCUGCAGCUCCGACUCAGAGGGUCAUUUCGACACUCCUGAGGCAGCAACUCCUGUCCGCGCCCCUCCGACCUUCCCAGGAGAGCUGGAGAACAACAACACUGAUGCAGACAAAACAGAUGUGGAUCAGGAGGAGCAGCUGAUAGUGACUGCACCUGUUUGGGAUCAGGAUAUUUUACUCCGCCACAACAUGGGUCAGGAUGAGCCUGCGGCCGCCGUGGGUGGCCCGUUGGAAGUAAACAUCCAGACCCUGGAAGCAGAACAAACAGAGAAUCAUACAGAAGCCUUGAACUCUGUGCCUGUCCCUGCUUCAUCCUCAGUGAGGGAAGCGCCUGAAGAAGUUGAAUGCACAGCAACACCUUCUGAGCCACCCCAAGCCCCAGUCCCCGUCCUAGUUUCAGAUCCUGUCCCGGAGUUGGCCUCAGACACAGCCCCUGCUUCUGCUCCUGCUCCAGCUCCAACUCCAGCUCCUCCCCCUGAUCCUGCUGAAACUUCUGCUCCUGUUGAAGCUUCUGUUCCUGUUGAGGCUUUUGCUCCUGCUGAAGCUUCUGAUCCUACUCCUGCUCCAGUUUCAGCUCCUGCUCCACAACCAGACUCAGUUCAUAUCAGUGAACCUGCAGUCAGCCCAGUUCCAGAGCCCCCUGAGCAGAAACCAGAACCACAGUGCAAUGGCCUCAACCAGACAAAGCCUCCUCAAAACACUAAAACCAGCAAGUCUAAGCCUCCACCCCUAAAGGUGGAAGCCUCGCUGAAUGAGCUUGCCCAAACAAAUGAGGAACAAGAACUUCCUGUACCCAAGGCCACUUACAAUUUUGACCCUGAUCAGCUGGAUGACAGCUUUAACCCCUUCAUGAGCGGUGGAUCCAAAAUCCAGAACUCUCCCCCACCAUUUGGGGCAAGCUCUCUCCCCAGACUUGAGCCACUUGGUAGCUCCAUGCCCAUGUGUGAGGCCAGUUCAGCAGCUCCAGCAGAAGCAGAGGUGAUGGAGCCAUUGUCAGAGGCGAAGCCUGUGAUGCUGGAGUUCAGUCUGGACGAGGGGACAGUCAGCAAGCCACCCCCAAGGAAAUUAGGUGGUAAAAAGACAACUAGCAAACUUGCAGCGAAGAAGCAAAAGGCCAAAGGAUCAGCGGCUUCCUGCAAACCAGCACCAGAACCCACAGUGUCAGAAACGGAUUCUCAACCAGCAUCAGAACCAGUUUCAGAUCCUCUUCCAGAAACUGCUUUGCCAGUCACAGACUCUACUGCACCUCUGAACAUUGACGAUAUUCCUAUUCCUAAGUCGGGAACAUAUAACUUUGAUCCCAAUCAGUGGGACGACCCGAACUUCAAUCCGUUUGGUAGCAAUAGCAAGGUGAGCAGCUCUCCAGUGCUCCCUAAGGGCUCCUACAGUUUUGAUCCAGACAGUUUCGAUGACUCUGUGGACCCUUUUAAACCUUCCAAAACCUUGGGCAUGGAGGACUCACCCAGUAGUGCCCCUAGUAGUGCCCCUCAGCCGGAGAAAAAAGUAAAAGACGGAGGCAAACAGAAAGCAGGGCUGCCAGCUGGGGAGAAGAAAGUGAGGCAGAUCCCCAAGAAGAGCAAAGAAAGGACAAUCACCUCCAGGACAUCUGAACAGGCCAAGUUUCUCUGUUUUCUGUUGAAUUCCUGUAAAGUUCAGAAAUAUGAUGAGAGCCAGUCCCUGGUGCUCGACGUGUGCAAUCAGGAGGAGGACGAGGUGGUGGCUCAGACCCCAGAGAUCACUCAGCGAGUUCAUCACGCCACUGAUGAGGAGAAGCUCGCCUCCACCGGCAUCAUGGGCCAGACAACAGACAGCCAGGAGGACAAAGGAGAGCCUGAAUGCAUCAAAGCACCUGUGAAGAAACAGCCAGUCAAUGACGUAUCUGUCAUGGAAGGUCCUGAGACUAAGAUUGCAGAUCACCUGGAGGAGAAGGAUACCUGCAGUCUGAAAGAAGAUAUUAGCGAGAUAUCCAUGACCCCAACAACAAAGAUGACCAGCAGUGAGGUCACAGACACAGCAGCCCUGUCCCAGGACAACAUACCUCUGAGUGAGAUGGACAAGGCUGCAGUGCUCACUCUGAUCAGAGAAGAGAUCAUCACUAAAGAGAUCGAGGUCAAUGAGUGGAAGAGAAAGUAUGAAGAGAGCAGAGCCGAGGUUGUGGAGAUGAGGAAAAUAGUUGCAGAGUAUGAGAAAACAGUUGCACAGAUGAUUGAGGACGAGCAGCAGCAGAAGUCCUUGUCCUGCACCAAGUCAGUCAGGCAGUUGACCAUGGAGAGGGAUCAGGCCAUUGCUGACCUCAACUCUGUGGAGCGCUCCUUUGCUGACCUCUUCAGGAGGUAUGAGAACAUGAAGGGAGUCCUGGAGGGCUUCAAGAAGAAUGAGGAGGUGCUGAAAAAGUGUGCGCAGGACUACCUGAUGCGGAUCAAGCAGGAGGAGCAACGAUACCAGACCCUCAAGCUGCAUGCCGAGGAGAAACUGGACAAGGCUAAUGAGGACAUAGCCCAGGUACGUGCCAAGGCCAAUGCUGAGAGUGUCGCACUGAGCGCCAGCCUGAGGAAGGAGCAGAUGAAGGUGGAGUCACUUGAAAGAGCUGUCCUUCAAAAGAAUCAAGAGAUCGAGGAGCUCACGAAGAUCUGCGAUGAACUGAUCGCCAAACUGGGAACAGAAUAAGAGGCCUUUAAUCAAACUAUCACAGCAACAUUGAUGUAAAUACUGUACAUGAUCACACUCAAGCACACGUCAACCGUUUCUUUCUCACAGCUCGUACGUUUUUGGAAAACUACAAUUGAAUCACAGAACGGUUGCUCUUUUCAGACGGAAAUAUGAAACCAGAGCAAUAAUAAUUCAUAGUGUUGAUCAUGUCAUGGAAGUUGAAGAAGCACAACGUGAUCACGAGGUGUGUUUUAACUAUUUUGAAGGAGAUUUAUUGAUCUUUGGUUAACCCUUAGAAACCCAGCAUAGACCCAUUUUUUGUCUAUUUUAGAGGGGGACAAGUGAUCUUUAGGGGGAGAUAGCAGGUCAACAGUAUAUGAUGAAAGUGGUAUACAUCAUUAGAAAGCUAGGAACCUAAAGGCUGUGAUUACCCUAGAGGUCACAAAACAUCGUUUGAAAACUCACAAUGAAAUGGCUGCUAUGGGGGCUAACAUCACACAUACCCAAUUUAUGCAAUUCCAAGACUGUUUAGGUGUCCCGGUAUGCAGAGAUAUUCAUAUACAACAUUUUUAGAAAAGGCAAAUAUAACUCAUUUAUAAUGCAUGCAAAAAACUGCAUGGUUUUUGCCUAAAGCUACACAGAAUUAGCAUAAAGUGGGCAUGUCUGUAAAGGGGAGACUCGUGGGUACCCAUAGAACCCAUUUUUAUUUGAUAUCUUGUGGUUUUUCUCACCAAAUGUAGCCUAACAUUGGAGCAUUAUUUAGCCUUAUUCCCGGCAGGAUAGCAUGACGUGGUUGGUACAAAUAGAUGCCUCAGGUUGUCUGGUCUCACAUGAUAGCACUUUCAUGCUAGCUUACAAAAUGAGCACACCACAGCCUCUUUAAGACAGUAAUAUUGGUCGAGAUCGCUGGUGGUCCUGCGGGUCACUUAGGGUUAAGGAUUUACAAUAAAGGCUUGUUUUAUUGGUUAAAGAUUCAUCAGUUUUUAAGUGUUGAUCCUCUUCUUUGAAAUGUGUGUGCAUUUAUUCUAUGACGAAGAAUUUCCAUUAUUGUUUUAUACAGCAAGUUUAACACAAAACUGUAGGAAAUAACUUGGGAACCAAGGGAAAGACAAUGUGGGCACACAGCACAGAUCUUUAAGCACAGUGCAUCUACGCUACAAUUAACUGUGUUGAUGAUACAGUCUUCAGAAAGGACAAAUCUCUCUAUUGAGUGCCUAAACUGAUCAUAGUGUAUUAGUUUUCUGCCCUGUAGAUAUUUCUUGCUGCCAAUUCUUCUGUUCGAUUGACAUCUACUUUCAUCAGCACAUGAACUGUAAGUAAUAUUACUUAAGUUGCCUUUGGGUUUGCCUGUGUUUCACCCGGUUACAUACACAGUGUGUGUUGAAGUCCUCACUUAUGCAGUUUGAAGUUAAACCACAGAGUUUUGACAUCAUGUACAUUUUGCCUACCGUAAAUCUCUGGGAUUGUUAAAUAUGAAAAGCACUUAAGAGAAUCUUGAAUCCUGUUCUGUAAUAUUUUAUUCAUCUGAUAAUAUUUUGACGAGGAUGGGUGGAAAUCAAAGUUUUAGCUUGCUCUUAUUAUACUGUAAUAUUAAACCAUGUUUAAUUUUCUCGCUCUGCGUUUGAGUGCUGGAAAAGUCAGAAACACAUUCUGUCGUUGCCAUGUAGAUAUUUCAGGACUGUAUUCAUAUUUUGUGUGUGAGCCCAAAUGUUGCUGGUGUGCCUUUAUUUUGUCUAUUUUGUAAAAAAAAAAAUCCCUUCAUGCAGUUGUUUCCAAACUCUGUUGCCAAAGUGUACUGUACACAGGAUGUAUCUUUCCUUAACAACAGUGAGUUAUAAAGGGUUUGCAGUUACGGUGAAGGUCUGUGUUUUGGUGAGGAGUGAGUUCAUCAUGUAAUAACUUCAUCGCUAACAUCAGCAUUUUCUGGUCCGAUUGAACCCGAGGGAGCGCACAAGUGCAUUUUUGGUGAGAUGUGUUUCAGAUAUUAUAAAGGACAUGUUCUUCUGUGGAAGCCUUGUUUCACGUCAGCACAAUCAAAUGUCCUUGUAUGUAAAACGACAUGAGUUUCAGUGUGACUCUGUGUCCUGCUGUUGUGGCGUCAUGUCAGUCUGAAGGUGCUUUUCGAUGCAAAUCCAUUGUUACAGUACAACAUGUGUAAAUUUUAUACUUUAUGAAAAUAAUAUUGUUGCUAAUGUUUGUAAAAUUGAAGAAUUAAGUAUACCCAGAUGUAUGUUAACGGCUAUAUUUUGUGCAUUCCUGAAUAAAUGGUUAAGAUUUAAUAUA